AAGUGUGGGUGUCGCUGAAAUUGAUGAGGCCAGCUGUGUCUCUUAGGGGGAAAGCCAGAGCUGUCCCAAACGAGGAAGGCCGGGGUGGGGGGCAGCGGGAGCGAGGCAGGACACUUCAGAAAAAAGCGCUGCUGCAGCAGAAGGGCGACGGGACCGGGAGCUGAUUUUCUCUAGGAUGGAAAACAGACAAGAUGUCACAAACCAAGAAGAACGUUGUAAUUGUGAAACGAAGCCGAAAGAGAAGAUGGAGGAAUGUGAUGAUUUGGCAAAGGACUCAAGAGAUAUCAGCAUCCCAAAGACAACUGAACUUUUCCAUUUACAUCAAACGACUGGCUUCGAUGGCUUUGAGUGCCCUGCAGAGCUGAAGGACAAACUGGAACUCUUUCCCCAGUGGCGUAUGCCCAUUAAGAUGGCGGCAAUCAUAGCCCUUCUAACCUUCCUUUAUACUUGUCUAAGGGAAAUCAUCUACCCUCUUGUGAAGACUCGGGCAUACCUUUUCUAUAAGAUCCCAAUCUUGGUCGUCAACAAAGUUCUGCCAGAUGUUUCCCUCACCCUCUUGGCAUUGGUUUAUUUGCCAGGGAUAAUCGCCGCUGCUUUCCAGCUUCGUAAUGGAACCAAGUAUAAGCGAUUUCCUGAUUGGCUGGAUAAAUGGAUGCUGGCAAGGAAGCAAUUUGGGCUCCUCAGUUUCUUUUUUGCCGCACUGCACGCAAUUUACAGUUUGUCCUAUCCAAUGAGGAGGUCUUACAGAUACUUGCUGCUAAACUGGGCAUAUAAACAGGUCCAACAAAAUAAAGCAGAUGCUUGGAUUGCGCAUGAUGUUUGGAGAAUGGAAAUUUAUGUAUCUAUAGGAAUCGUGGGACUUGCUUUGCUGGCCCUGCUGGCACUGACCUCCAUUCCAUCCAUCAGUGACUCCCUGACCUGGAGAGAAUUUCACUAUAUUCAGAGCAAUUUGGGAAUCUUUUGCCUUUUCCUAGGCACGAUUCAUGCAAUGAUUUUUGCCUGGGACAAAUGGGUGGAUAUAAAGCAGUUCAUAUGGUAUACCCCUCCUACAUUUAUGAUAGUGGUUCUACUUCCUGUUGUUGUCCUGAUGGGUAAAGUCAUAUUGCUCCUUCCAUGCUACAGGAAGAGGUUACAGAAAAUAAGGCAUGGCUGGGAAGAUCCCAAGAAAAUUGAUAAAGCUGAGGUGUGUGUUCAUAUGUAG